AUGUCCUUCCGUGGUCAUGACGAGUCGUAUGAUUCAAAAAACAAAGGCAAUUUCCUUGAAGAGCUUCAAUUUCUUUCCAAGUACCACGCCCCCUUGAGGAAAUGGAUGGAUACGCAUCCCAAGAAUGUCUUGUAUUUUUCCCAUGUGAGUCAAAAUGAGAUGAUCAGUAUUCUUAGCAACCUCAUUACUGAAGUCAUCUGUAAUGAAGUCCGAUCGGCAAAAUAUUUCUCCAUCCAGUGUGAUGAGGUUACCUCUCACAAAAAGGCCUUCAUGUCCGUUAUAUUGCGAUAUGUAACAGAUUUUAAGAUAACUGAGAGGUGUAUCAGGCUUGUGAGGGUGUCCAGCUUAAAGGGGCGUUCUUUAGCUGAGGUGAUCGUAGACAUUAUGAAAGACCUCAGACUUUCAUUAAUAGAUCUCAUUGGUAAAGGCUUUGACGGUGCUGCAAAUAUGUCCGGCAAGGACGAGGGAGUGCAACGGCAUUUGACGGAAGCUGGAGCUGAGUUUUCAAUCUAUUUUCAUUGCUUUGCCCAUAAGCUUAAUCUUGUUCUUGAACAAAGUGUGGAAACGAUUCCUUUAGUCAAAGAAAUCUUUACGACAAUCGGGGACAUUUAUCGCUAUAUGGAAGGGUCGCCUAAGAGUCACAAAAGAUAUGAAAACCAUUUGAAAGCGAAUGGCAUUACCUCAGGCAAGACUGCUCUGCACUCAUUUUCUGAUACCAGAUGGACUGCGCGCACUGAUAACUUGGAAGUUAUUGAUGAAUGUAUAUCCAGCACUUUUAUCUAUGUUCAAGGAAGAGUCUGA